AUGGAAUCCCCAACGGCGAUUGCGUUCAUAGCGGCCUCCACUCCAUCUACAACCAAGAAGAAAGGAAGUGACCUCAUGGCCAUGGUGGGAGCCAAGGGCAACACGUACGAGGAGCUAUCGUCUUCCGAUGGGUCGAUGCAUGCGCGAGGCGAGGCAUCCCCAAGGGCGGCUUUGGGCGGAGGUCAACGACUGCACUUAUUAUCGAGUGGAGGCAUCAACACGACGGCGUUGGAUCUGAAAAUCUCCUCCCCUGACGUCGUUACACCCUCGACGCAUCAUGGAAAGCGCUUGGCUACGCUCCAUCGAUCGACUGGCGGCCGAGACAUGCUGUACGUCCCCACAUGCCGCGACACGCUGCGCAAAUACGUCAACAGCUGGAUUGGCGUGUACUUGGAAGUGAUCAACACGACGUUGAGUGUCAUGUGCUGCGCGUUCUACCUCAUCCAGCUGUACAACCCCACGUUGUACGCAGACUUGCAUUUUCAGCUCAUUGAAGUUGGCGCCACGAUCUUCUUUGCCUUGCAUUAUGUGCUCCAUGUGUUCUCUGAAGACGACGUGUGGGCGUUCAUCCUGUCAUUCAAUGGAAUCAUCGACCUCACCAUCGCGCCAUCCCUCAUCAUGUACUUUGUCAGCGAUCCGUCGUCGCGGGAGCUGACGCUGUUCCGCGUGUUCCGAGUGUUCCGCGCCCUCCGCGUCCUAAGACUUCACAACCUCAUUCGCAGUCGCAAGCACGGGUACAACUACGAGUGGGGGGUGUUUGUGUUUUCGCUGUCGGCCAUCAUCUUUGUCGCGGCGGGCAUCUUCCACGCGCUGGAGGACUACCCAUCUCGAGAUCGCCGCCUGCAGUUCCACGACUCGCUCUACUACAUCCUCGUGACGCUGUCCACCAUCGGCUACGGGGACAUUGUGCCCACUCGUCCGUUGACCGAGUUCUUUGUCAUGGGGCUCAUCAUUGUCGUGGUCACGACUGUGCCGGCGCAAAUCGCGCGGCUCCAUGCGCUGCACGUGUCCAUCCACGCGUACGACGGCGCGUACGUGUGCCGUCCCGGGCGCGGCCAUGUGAUCGUGUGCGGCCACGUCGUGCACGACAGCUUUGCCGACUUUUUGACCGAGUUUUACCAUCCGUCACGAGGCGUGAUCAGCUUUGACAUUGUCGUGCUGUCGCCGGACCCGCCGUCGCCCGCCAUGACGCGCCUGCUCUCGAACGUCGUGUACGCGACCAAAACCACGUUCCUCAAAGGCUCCCUCGUUCAUGAUGUGGACCGCAAGCGGACGCAGCUCGCGUCCGCCGAAGCCGUGUUUGUGCUAGCCGACAAGGACGCCCGGGCGACGGAAGCGCAGGACGCAACCACGCUGCUGCAGGCGCUGAGCAUUCGCAAUUAUGCCGACAGCACGGGAUGCCAUAUUCGAAUGUACUUGCAAAUGUUAUCGGACGACCACCAAGAGCUGUCCCACAUCAUUGGUGCCAACCAGACAAUCCAUUCGAACCGCGUGAAAGCCGACUUGGUCUGUCGCGGCGUCGUGUGCCCCGGGAGCUGUGCGCUCAUUUUGAACCUCAUGCAGUCGGUGGACCAAGCCAAGAUGCACAAGCACAUCUCCCAUCCCACGCCCUGGAUGCACGAGUACAUUGGAGGCAUGAGCCAACAAGUGUAUGCAGUGUUGUUGUCCGACGCAUUCGACGGCCACCUCUAUGAGGACGUGGCGCGCCGGUUCUUUACCGGGUUUGAAGUCCUGUUGUUGGCAGUAUACCGGCGAGACAAGGACGAGGACGUUCCUCGUGUCAUGUUGAGUCCAUUUGGCAAAUCCAUGCGCCCCGGCGACAUUGGGUUCAUCUUGGCCACGUCGGCGUCCGUGGUGCACGCCAUCCAGUCCGAGUACGCGUCGGUCGUGGAAGGCGAAGAGUCGGCGCCGAGUCCCCGCCAUUCGUCGCUUCGGUCCAUCCCCAUCGUGUCCAAGUCCAACCUCCUCCAGCGAAAGUACAUCCGCAAGAUCACCCUCGCGCCAACUAACCAACCAAGCAGCACACCCCCAAUACAAGACGAAGUCUCCACCGCGCCAAGAAGUCCGAGCCACGAUCCCAAAGCCGAGCUGGACACCCGACUCGGCGCCGCCACGUUCAAAGCCAUGACCGACAUGCAAGGCCAUGUGGUGGUGUGUGGGGCCACGAGACACAUCCUCCCACUAAUCGACCGACUUCGAGCCAUGUACGCUGCUACGGCUUCCCCCGCGCCCCCGCUCGUGUUGCUUGUAAACCACGUGCCCACCGCCAACGACUUUGAACUUGACUACACCUUGCCCCCAGACGUGUUUUUUGUCCGCGGGGUGUCGACGCAGUGCCCCGACCUCCUCCGCGUGUCCAUUCAACGCGCGAAAGCGGUCCUGCUGUUCCCCCUACCCUCGUCCGUCCAGAACCAACCGACAGACGACGCGUACUUGCUCGACUAUGGCGUCGUCACGUCCUUGUUGUGUCUGGAAACUACGUGCGACAAUGCCAAAGUGCUGUCCACGGGCCGAAGUGCCGUCACCGUCGCACGGGAUGAAGUCGGGUUUUACGUGAACUGCAAUGUGCCGUUGCAGGCGGUGCAGUCGCGCAUGCUCGAGCACUUUCCGACGUUGAACCCGGACGUGUUUCGGGCGCCGUCGAUCGAAAACAUGAGCCGGCGCCUCUCGACGUGUCCGGCCGAAGCCUCCGCGUCGUCCUCGUCUGUCGCCAUCUCGAGCAGCUUCCUCAGCGACUUGCCAUCCAUGGCGGUGCUCCAACGCGGGUCCAACAUCAAAUUCUGCCGCCCUCGUGACGUGCUCUUCAGCUGCGACUCGUUGCCGUAUCUGUCUCCCGCCUUUGCCGCCGGGCGAGUGUUUGUCGACAGUCGGCUCGACUUGGUGCUGUGCCAAGCGUUUUACAACCCGUACAUCACGGAGAUCCUCCACCUGCUCACGGGCAACCCGCUCGAUCCGGACGUGCAGGGGCCGACGUUGACUCAAACCGACAUACCCGUGGACUUUAUCGGGGGGUGCUACGGCGACGUGGUCCUGGCCAUGUUAAGAGCGGGCAAGUUGGUGCUGGGGCUGUAUCGAUACCCCAACAUGCGCCUCGGGAAUGUUGUGCCAUAUGUGCUCACGUCCCCACCGAGUGACACGCAGGUGUUCCCCAACGACAAAGUGUUUGUCGUAAUUGACACCCACCACUCGGGGGUCGAGUAG